AUGCUCGUCCAAUUGUCCAGAGCUACUGUGAGUUCCGACCCUUUGAUUUUCCCAGUCUUGAUGAUGCGGGUUGGUGUUGGGUGGUGGUUCGCGCGGUCGCGCGCCGUCUCGGCUGUCACUCGGCUGGCGAGGCCCAGCGCCGUCCAGAUGAGGGGAUUCAUCGUCCCCACGGUCUCGCGAAGAGCCGACUUCGUCCAGGAGCUCUACCUCAAGGAGCUCAAGGCCUACAAGCCCGCCCCCGUCAAGGACUCUGACGCCCAGGGCCAGGUCCAGACCUUCUCCAUCCCCGCCACCCCCAAGUCCCCCGAGGAGGCCGACCUCGCCGCCAGCCUGAAGGAGUACGAGAGCAUGGCCGUCGAGGUCGAGGGCCAGGACGCCUCCGCCGUCGCCGCCGGCGGCCAGCCCGCCCAGCGCGACUGGCUCAUGAUCGAGGAGGACGAGGAGGAGGCUCACCACUAA